AUGCAGCCUCAUGUCCCCAACGUUUCUUCACCUACUCUAGCAACUCCCAAACCCUCCUCGCUUAAUCUCAAACCGUCAGUCCCUCUUUCUUACCCUCAGCAGAAAGAAAAUGGUACUUCAGAUGAGGAAGUCAAGGGGGUUGAAGAUGGGCAUGAUGGGGAUUUGACAGCGAACGACAUCGAUGGCCCUAUGACACCCACUGCGGACAGUCACAGUAAUCCAAGUCUCGCUUCCUCGUCCUCGUCAAACAUCGCUUCUCCAAAUCCAACUACCAUCUCCCUCCUCAGUUCAUCUACCAACCCUCCUCCUCCUCUCUCUCAAUCUAACAAUGGCUUAGCGGAAGUAGGUCUAGGUUCAAUACAAUGUGAAGAUCAGUUGAAGUCGGCAUUACAAUCUAAAGAUCGGAUGUUCCUCUUAGUCUUGUCUAAAGAGAUAGAAAGUUUUAUUAUCAAAUUGUCCUCUGGACAGAUAUCCCAACAGCAACAGCAACAGCUACCGACGGAGAGUCAGAUACCCAUGAUUCAGUUAAAUGCCAGUACGACGAUCGGUGUAACUCCCACGAGCAAGUUUCAGAGGAUGUUGGUGUAUAAGACGGCUGAAUGGUAUGGGAUGAAAGCUAUACCUGGUCAGGAUGGGGGGAUGAUCGUUGGUCUAUUGGGGGAACUCAAUGAGAAAAGCACCACACUGAAACUAUCUGAACUUGUUCCCCCAGCACCAUCGUCAAGCUCACAAACGCAGAAAUUCCGCAUCAUGCAGCGCGCUCCUACGCGAACUGGCGAGGCAUCUGGCAGCUCAUCCCCUGCAGAGGGAUCAAGCUCAUCAAGUGGAACAAAGUGGAAAACAUUGGAAGAGAGAGAAGCUGCAUAUGCCGCUGCUAGAGAGAAGAUCUACGGUAAAUCGUUAGAAGCGGAUCCGAACGAAAUCACGAGCGAGGCCAUCGAAACUCUCCAGAACGAAGAGCCUCCCACUCCUCAAGAGGACGAAGAGAUUGACCCUGUGCCUAGGCAACUGUAUCAGCAGUUCGAUGUGGUGUAUCCAUCGCUUUAUCAUCCACCAAAAGCUGAACCCACUGCCCCUCCGCCGAUCAAUAACAAUACGACAGGACACCAGUAUCAGUCACAAUCCACCAACAUGUACGGUUACCAGUCGAGCUAUACUUCUUAUCCCCAGCAGAUUGAUGCGAAUGGUUAUCCGAUGAUGCCUCAAGCUUAUUCAUCAGCUCAGACUAUACCACCUCAACAGCCUCAGCAGAAUUUCGGGAUGAUACCUCAGACAUAUAUGGAUCCGAAUCAGAAUGGAUAUAUGAUGCCUCAGCAGAACGGGUAUCCUGUGCCCGUUGGGUGGCAGCAGGUCCCUCCUCAGCAGAAUACUGCUUACCCUAAUCAGAUGAUACCCAAUCCACAACCAUACGGGAUGGUCCCACAGCAGCAGAACGGAAUGAAUGUCCCGCAAGGAUGGCAGUAUACUCAAGCUCAGAUAAUGCAAAACCCGCAACAGCAGCAGCAACAACAGAAUAUGCCAAUGAUCUCACAAGGUGUCCCGUACCCUACAUCGUAUGGAUAUCCACCUCAGACUGCUCAACAACAACCACCAAUACCGCAAUAUAGACAAGGGAGUUACCCACCCCUCGUUCAACCAACUCCCAUGCGACCACCCAUGCAACCUCACAGUUCUGCGUCGAGCAGCAUUUCAUCAAGAUCAUAUCAAGAUGGCUCAAGACCGCAUUCCCGGGGCUCAACGACUAGUACACGAUCUGCUGCAAGUAGCGUCAGACUAGGGGCAAUGUACCCAGCGAGUCAAGGUCCGGGGUAUAGGCAAAGGGGGAUGAAAGGUCAGGGAAUGAAUGGGUUGACAAGUCUAGGGCUGGGUAAUGGUAAUGCGAGUGGUGUGGAGAAUAAGAGAAAUAGAGGUCAAAGUCCUUCAUCCACAACAACCACUUCAUCACGAUCAUCACGUCGGACAAGUUCCAUCCAACUCGCCCCACCUACUUCGUCUCAACAUCAAUUACCACAACGACCCGAUUGGGCAGCCAACAACGUCCCGUACCACCCUUCGCCUCUACCUGAUCCUAUCACUCCCAAUGCAGCUGAGUUCCCACCGCUGUUAAGGCAGGAUCAAGGUACAAACGCCGAGCCUAUGCAAGUCGAACGUGCCAAGAUUAAACCUCCUGUGGGGACUGGACUAGGUGGUGGCUCCGUAUGGAAUGGUACGAUGGUGAAGAACAUACAUCACCAUGAACAACAGCAACAACCACCCCAGGCUAGAAUGACGAUCAUACCUCCGCCUUCUUCUACAUGCAUAUGUACGCCUGGUCCUGUACAUCCGCAUCAAGCAGAUGGUGCAGGAGCAGGCAUAGGGGGGGACCCAGAUUUCCCUAGACGAUUACCCACUAAAACUCAACCUGUUUUAUACGAUCCAUCAUUACCUCGCCAACAUCCGAAUCAACAUUCAAGACCAUCUUCGGUUAAUACCAAUAAAUCCAACACAAAUACAAAUACGAUGUCAGCUGAGGAGAUCAUAGAAGCUAAACUCGCACAGAUCAGUAUCAAUAAUGGUGUACCGAUUGGAAGCGCUCCGACUACCUCUGCGACUUCGUCAAGAGGAGGUGACGGGAAGAGUUAUGCAAAGGUUGUUAGAAGGGAUUGA